UUGAGAAGAGGCUGGGGGAGAUAAAGAAUCACAUACAUCUGUUCAAAAAGAUUUCAGCACAGCUCCAAGAGACAGAAAGACACAUGGGUCAGAGAGAGAGGCAGAAGGGAACAAAAAAUACAGUUUUAUGAGAAGUAGAGGUGUUAGGAGGAGAAGCAAUCAGCCAAGCUGGGAAGAAGAGAUUGUCUCUGGACUUAGUAGUGUGUCUUGGCACGGAAGACUGAUAGUAAACAAGUAAACAGAGUUGACAACUGUGGUAACCACAGGAGCAAAGCCUGCUCAGUGACAAGGAUGAACACUCUUCCAGAGACCUGUGACCAGGAGCUGAGAACAGGUGCAAAGAAAGAACGAUGCCUUCAGGGGAAAAGCCUACUUCUGUGUACACUUCUUCUCAGUACUCUCCUUGGCUUUACACUGCUUAUCACGUACAUCAUGAUGACUUGUGGUCUAGGAUCCUGUGAUGCCGAGCUGGGUCUUACACUGUUGGCCAGACUCCUGAAUUCUAGGAAUGACACUGUAGACCCCUGUGUGGAUUUCUACAAAUAUGCCUGCGGCAGCUGGGAAGGCAAACACUCAAGCAGAACCACAGAAGAAUCACUAAAUGUAUUUGAUGUGUUGUUGGAAGAAAACCAAUUGAUCCUGAAAAGGCUUUUAGAGGGCCCACAGUUUGGGAUAAGAGGCUCAGCUAAGGAGAAAGCAAUCCAGUUCUAUCGCUCCUGCAUGGAUACCCAACGGAUAGAAUCCCAAGGAACUCAACCAUUGAAGGACCUCCUAAAUCAGGUUGGUGGAUGGAAUAUUACAGGUGUGGGGAAAGCAAAAGAUUUUAAUGAAACUCUUCAGACUCUCAUGGGCAGAUACAGCACCUUUCCCUUUUUCAAAGUCCAUGUGGGACCUAGUCCUUUUGACGUCAAGACCAAUAUUAUUCAGAUUGACCAUCCUGACUUUGAGAUGCCACCUGAGAGUAAAUUCAAAGAGAAAAAUUAUCUUGAGGUUCUCCGUGUGUAUCUCUCAUAUUUGAAGAAACUGGGGAACCUACUUGGAGGGCCACAGGAUGGUCCCCCUGAUUCCUUUUCCCUUACUUUGUCCUUCAUCUCUAACCUCCAGCGAGUUGUCACCCCACUGCAGGAAAGACAGCAGAGGGGGAUGCUGUUCUUUCGCACUACCAUUAGGGAGCUACAGGAAAAGGCACCUGCUAUUGACUGGCUGUCAUGUCUCCAGGCUGUCUUCCAUCCUAUGCCAAUGAACCUCUCUCAGCCAAUUGCAGUGCAUGACAUGGAUUACUUAAGAGGCAUGUCACAGCUCAUUGAACAAUGGCACAAGAAAAGGGUCCUUCACAUUUAUAUGAUUGUUUGUCUGGUUGGGAAUCUCUCCCCAGCCCUUGACAGUCGAUUCCAAGAUGCACGCCUGGAGCUAUCUAAGAUUCUUUAUGGAAAAAUGGGAUCUAGAAUGAUCCCAGCUGAGCGCUGGAGGAAGUGCUUGACUGAUACCAGCUCUUUCUUUGAGCCAGUUCUAGGGCAGAUGAUUGUGCAAGAAAUUUUCCCUCAGCAGACAAAGAAACUUGCUGAGCAGAUGUUCUCUGAGAUCCAAGAUGCCCUCUGUGGCCAACUGGAUCAGUUGGAGUGGAUGGAUGAACAGACUCGCCAAGAGGCUAAAGUCUUGGUUUCCAAACUACAAGUGAAGAUUGGCUAUCCAGCUCACAUACUCCAGACUGCCAAAGUGAACCUGGAAUACCAGAAUUUGGACAUAAAUGAAGACACUUUUUUCCUCAAUAUGGUGGCUUGCUUGAAAGUACUGAGGGAAAAUUCCUACUUGAAACUCCUUCAGCAUCACUCACAGGAUAACUGGCAUGUGUCCCCCUGGACUGUGCAUUCAUACUACUCAAUAAGGCAGCACAUGGUAGUCUUUCCUGCUGGAAUGUUCCGCAGCCCUUUUUUCCACAUGGAGUUUCCCAGUGCUGUGAACUUUGGAGCCAUCGGGGUCUUCAUGGCGCAUGAACUUCUUCACGCAUUCUAUGGUUAUGUGCUGCCUGGGGGCUGUCCUACAUGCAACAGGAGUGCACUACAGAAAUCUAUAGACUGCUUGGUUGAACAGUAUGAAAGCUAUGGCUUUAAGGUCAAUGGUAGUUUUACACUGUUGGAGAAUACAGCUGACACUGGAGGGCUCGCCAUCGCUUACCAGGCCUAUAAGAAUUGGCUGAAAAAGCACAAAGAAGAGAAGGAUUUACCGAAGAUUGGACUUUCACAUGACCAGCUUUUCUACCUCAGUUUUGCUCACGCAAUGUGUGGACACCAGGAUCCUGAGAAACUACAGUCUUCCCCGAACACAGAUCCGCACAGUCCCUUGCCACUUCGUGUCUGUGGGCCUGUCAGCAACAGCGAGGACUUUGCCAAGCACUUCCACUGUUCCAGUGGAUCCCCAAUGAACCCAGACAACAAGUGCCACAUCUGGUAAUCUGCAUGGAAAAGGAGGAAGAGAGAUAUGACUCCAGGGAGAGGAAGGCCUGGCCCAUGAAAGUAUGACCAUCUUCUCAGGGCCCCUAGGGUGACAUGAUGCUCUUAUUCACUCCUCUAUGUUCCUUUUCUUGUUAUCCUUUCCUCAGCAGCUGAUGGUAGCAAAAUUCUUAAACUGAGCUCAUAAAGGAAGAGGGUCUCCUCCUACUACUCUCAGCACUCUGUCCCAGUUUAGGAAUUCCCAAGGUAGCAAGAUGACUAGCCAGUCUCUAGUAGGCAACAACUUCUGAAGAGUUGUAAACAGAAGGACUGUUACAUUAUUAGUCCCUCUGUUCAGUGCAUUUCCCUGUCUACUCCAGCAGCCUCACAGUCAUGUUGAAUGGACAGGGCAAUAAGCUGGAGCUCUGAGACUUGUUCAUAUAAGAUUGGCUGUUAGGGAAAUCCUAUGGGUUACUAUGCAAACCACACAUGUAAGUUACCAGAGAGGGAAGAAUCCUCUUCUCUUCUUCUGCCAAUAAAUGGAGAUAGGUACUAGGAAAGACUCAGUGGCUCCAGCUUCUAAGCUGAAAGAUAAGUCACUUAAUAAUGAAGGUUACUGAAGGCCUUCCCUGUUCUGUUUUUCUUUCAUCAGCAAAUUCCUAAGAGACAAAAGAGGAAAGAGGAAAGCAUCCCCAUUGGUGGGAGGGGGAUUGGGAGCUGAGAACAGAUUCUCUUUCUUUCUUUUCCAAUAAGAUUCUCUUUUUUUAAUCUCUGUGUAGGGUUGAGGAUAUGGUUGAGGGUGGAGUAUGGGACAGUCACAAGGGUUUCUAGAAGUCUCUGAAGACUGAACAAUUAGAAUUCCAAGAACUUCUCUGGAUCCUGAACCUGGUUCUCUCAUCCCUGAAAGUUCUCUCAUCCCUACAUUUGUAAAUAUUUACCAUCCAAACAGAGGAGCAGAGCAGCUGUGGGAUUUUACUUUCUACUUGAAAUUGAAUUUAGGUAUUAAUUUACUUUACAGGAAAAAGAGAGUAAAAAGUAAUAUAUUUUAGGGUAGCAGGAGAAGUGCUUAAAGCAUAUUAUCAAGAGUAACCUAAUAAUUACAUCAAUUUCAGGUUCUGAUAAUUAGAAAAUUUAUACCAAUGUUCUAAAAUUUACCAUAGUUAAUAAGUAUACAAAAUACUCCUACCCUUUGCAUGCUCUUCAAACUGUUCUUGAUUAUGGGAGCAUUUUUAUUUUACUUAUUAUAUUGGCUGUCUGGGGAUUGUUUGUGGAAUAGGUGAUGGCAAGUGGAAACAUCCCUUAUCCAUGUAAGCAUUGUAAAAAUUGUGAAAAUCCUAAUAACUGUGUUAAUCCCUUCCAAGAACUGACCAGUGCAGAAAAAUAUUUUCCCAGAACAGACUGUUCAGACAUUUUGUUUUCAUUAAUUAACUAAAAUAUUAAUAAAGUGUUUGCUUUAGAGAAAAAAAAUUACUUUGAUUGCAAGCUUUUUAUGACUAGGCCUGUUUCUUUGUUCUGUAUUUUUACUGUUCCCAGCACGACUGGAGUUCUUAGCUGAACUUCACAAGUAAUAAAUAAUAAUACCUCGAAAUAAUUUGAUUUAUUUACCUAUCAUAAAAAAAACCAAAAUUGGGCUUGUGCUUAUCUUUAACAUUUAAACAGUGUAUACUUUUCCUCCAUUUAAUGAAUCUUGUCCUAGCAGCGUGUCCAGCAGCAGACUUUCUUCUAUAUGCUAAUAGCAAUUAACAUUGUACCACACCUUGUGUGUAAUAUAGGUGUUAUUUCAGUGUACUGAGACUACUUGGCUUCUUUGUUUAUAAUGUAUAGAAAAAGCAAAAGCCAUUGACAGCCUGCAUUUUGAGGAGUUGUUAACUUUUCUUCUACCUAUCUUGUUAAGUGUAUAGGGGGAACAGUUGCCUGGAAUAUGCAACUUUUUCUUGUUCUUAAAAUGUAUGACGAAUUUAUGAAUAUUCUGUUUAAAA